CACACACACACACACACACACGUUACCUCCCAGCCUCAUGCCAGGGCCACAUCGUUUGCUUUCUCCCAGCUUGUCAUGUCCAGUAUGUUGUGUUGUCUGCUGUAACUGAGGCUCAUCUUCUCCUCUGCAGCACGGGGGAGGCUUUAUUUGGCUCCUAUGUCCCGAUCACAGUCCAUCAUUAAGAGAAACCAAAGAAAGGAGCUCGAGGCAGGGCAGGGGCCUAGAGAGGGGAACUGAGACUGAGCCUGGAGGUUGCUUACUGACUGGCCCUCCAGGACUUGCUCAGCCUGGCUUCUGUAAUCAGGACCUCCUGACGCUCGGGGGUGACACCACCCACAGCCUGCUGGUCACACUCCCGAAAAUGCCCCCACAGGUUGCCUGAAAAAUGAUCUACUGGAGACACUUUCUCCACUGAGAUUCCUCUUCCUAGAUGAUUCUACGUUGUGUCAAGUUGACAGAAAAUUAACCAGGACUCAUCAUUUCAAAACAGUAUACAGGGAAACCAAAAUAUUGUCUAAGUAAUGAUAUGGCUGGCCAUGCAAUCAUGGCCUGAGUUCAGCUCCAGAACGCACAUAAAAUGGCACAUAUGUGUAAUUCCAGCACUUCUCAGUGAGACCCUGCUUCAAGUCCAUGGAAGGAAACAGCACUUCUGAAAGGUGUACAUGCACACCCACAAACAUAGUAAAUGACCACAUUUUUAAACUUAAUGUAUUGAUUGAUCCACCAGCCAUGAGGACAUGUUGGCAAUGACUGAUUGUCAGUUUAUUUCAUGGUCAUGCAAGAAUUUAAAAAACAGAAUGUGAUUGUGAUGGCUACCUUUGCAUAUCUAAAAUGUGCAUAAGGUUGUGGAUUGACAUUUGUGUUGAAAUGCUAUGUGAAUAUUUAAUGUUCUCAAGGAGACAUACCUCACCAUUCAUGAAUCCUGCUGUUUCGUUGUAGCUGUCCUCAAGCAGCCUUGGGAAACAUGCAGUCCAGACAUGUUAUCAACUGUUUCCCGGCAGGACACCAACAUUUCUUUGUUCAGUCAUUAGUAAACAAAGUCUUAGUCAUGUACUCUUCAUUUGUUUUUGCAGCAGCCAAGUGGCGGGGAAAUAUAAAGAAAGGCAUCAGUGUGAGGGAACCUUCAGCUGUACUCCAGAGCAUUCUGUAAAUUCAGAGUCUUGUCCAGGAGUUGCCGCACAUGAAAAGCAGAUGUGUAAAGGAGGACGCACUGGCCAUUCAUCUCUAGGUGUGCUCCUGAACCAUCAGGUAGGACACAAACCUUAUGAAGACCAGGAGUACGGACAGACGUUUUAUAAACAUAAGGAGUUUGGGAGCAGAUCUGGUUCUCCUCUGUCCCUUCAGACUUAUAAAAGCGCUCACACUGGAGAGAAACCUUCUAAAAGUAAGAACUGUGAAGGAGGCCUUCCUUGUUUCAGAUCUGGUCAGAGGUUUGAAGAACAUGGCUGUCCUGAGGAGGUGUAUGCGUGCAGUCAGGGUGGGAAAGGUGUUCUCCAUUCCAGUCCUUCACAGAGGCUUGAAAAGAUUCAGAGCGCUAAGAAGCCCCAUGUGUGCGAACUGUGUGGGAAGGGCUUUGCUCGGUUCGGUAACCUUUUAAGACAUCAGAGGACUGACACGGGAGAGAAUCCCUCUCUGCCCGAUCGUUUCGGGAAAACUCUUCCUCCUUCUGCUUGCCGUCGAAAACGUGUGAGAGUUCGCAAUGCUGAGAAGCCCUAUGUGUGCGAGCAGUGUGGGAAGACUUUCCUCGACUCCACUUACUUCCGCAUACACAGAAGACGUCACACUGGUGUGAAGCCGUACGUCUGCAGGGAAUGUGGGAAAGCCUUCACCGCUUCCCGUUACCUUAAGUCACAUGAGCUGACGCACACCCGGGAGAAGUCUUACGUCUGUGAGCGGUGUGGGAAUGCCUUCACAUUUUGGUAUCAGUUCCAAAAGCAUAAAGUGAUUCACAGCGGCGUGAACCCGUACGUUUGUAAGCAGUGUGGGAAAGGCUUCAGUUACUCCAGUUCCCUGAAAACGCACGAACGCGUCCACACCGGUCACAGGCCCUACGUGUGUAAGCACUGUGGGAAAACCUUCGGCAGUUCUGGCAACCUGAAAAGGCACGGAAGUACCCACACCGGGGAGAGGCUGUACGUGUGCACGCAGUGUGGGAAGUCGUUCAACAAUCACGGCUCCUUUCGCUUCCACAGCAGAAUGCAUGCCGGAGAGAACCCCUACAGGUGCAAGCAGUGCGGGAAGGACCUCGCUUCCUCCUCCUCCCUGCAGUGCCACGAACGGAGUCACUCCGGGGACAAGCCUUACGUGUGUUUGCAGUGCGGGAAAGCUUUCAGCUCCGACGGUUCCCUUCGAAAACAUAAAAUAAUGCACAGUGAAGAGAAGCCCUACGUGUGCCAGCAGUGCGGGAAAGCCUUCCGUCGCUUCUUCGAGGUUCGGGUGCACGAGCGAAUCCACAGCAGCGAGAGACCCUACGAAUGCAAGACCUGUGGGCGGGGCUUUCUGAGUUCAACUCACCUGCGAAGACACGUACCAAUUCAUAGUAGAACAGAUAAGGAUGUCUGUAAAUAACAUGAGGAAUUAAUCCCUGUCAGCGCUCACAGAAAUCAAACGCCGUGUUAAUAGAUUAUGUGCGUAAAUGGGCGUACAAAUCGGAGAGAAGGUACCCUUUUGAGUCAGUGUGGCUACUGGUGCUAGAAGUUCCCUUCUAACACAUAGAAGCAGACACUGAAGAAAAGCUGCAAGCAACGUGAAAGCCGUUGGCAUUCUUUUCAUCAUGGAGAAGAUGUGUGACCGCUCCCACGGGAGAGAAACCCAGUGCACUGCGGUGGUUUGAAUAAGGCUGCUCCAAAUAGGCUUAUGCAUUUGAAUGCUUAAUCAGCGGGGCGUGGAAUUGUUUGAAAGAAUUACAGGGAUUAGAAGGUGUGGCUCUGUUGGAGGAGGUGAGGCACUGUGCCAGAUCCAGUUCUUCUGUGUUUGUGGAUCAGGUUCAGCUCCUGCUUAAGCUCCAUGUUCCCAGCCAUGAUGAUAUGGACAAAGUCUCUGACACUGUAAGCAAGCCCCCAAUUAAAUGGUUGGUCUUAAAUGUG